GUUGCCAAUUCUGACUGAAGCUAUUCCGGGAGAUUUCCCCUCCCCCCAACAUGAUGUAAUGUCAUUAAUUGUACCGUACCUAUUAAAAUCUCCGGAUUGCUUUCAAUAGUUACCGGGAGAUCGAUGCCAAUGCCAAUUCUGGUAGGGCUGGCAACCCUACCCAUCGGUAAAAUAGGGAAUGAUCCUGUCUUUGUCUAAUCUGACUGGGAUUGUUCAGGUCAGGGUCUGCCUCUCCCUGUGGGUCUGUGCAGCACCUGGCAGAAAUUGGGGCCCCCAUUGCUGCAGAGAUCCACAGGGAGAAACAGCCUCUGUCCUGUACAACUCACGCUCUGAUUAGACACAGGAUGGGAGGAGAAACUGAGGCACUAUGUGGGGAAGACACUUGUCCAAGGUCAGCAGCAGAGCUAGGAGUAGAACCCUGGUGUCCUGGCUCUCAACCGCCUGCUCUAACCACUAGACCCCCACUCCCCUCCCUAGGAUAGAGCCCAGUCCUGGCUCCCAGCCUCGCACCCUCCCCACUGGGCUGUUUCUCCGGGUUCAGGGCCCUCCCUGCGCACGGCUGAGGGAGUCGAUUCUCCUGCAGGGUCCAUUCUGCGGGUUUCCGCAGAGCCCUGGGGGAGCCGAGCUGGACUCCCGGGCCAGAUCCGGGCCAGGCCGGCGCCGGAAGGGUUAACACCACCAGCUCAGCAGCACCAGGAACCGGCUGCACCUGCCUGGCCCGGGGCCCAGCCAGCUCCACCUGCGGCAGGUGUGGCCCGGCCAGGAAGCAGCAGCCCGGCCCUGGCCGCUGCCCCAGUCCCCCGUGCCCGGCCCGGCCGGCCCCAUGGAGCUGCCCGCGGUGCCCCAGUCCUGGCGCUACUGGCUGCUGCUGGGCUCCUAUGGGCUCUUCCUGCUGCUCGGCACCGCCGUCUUCGUGGGCAUCGAGGCGCCGCAGGAGGCCGGGCUCCGGGAGGCGCUGCGGGGCGCCAGGGCCGGCUUCGUGCGCCAGCACCAGAGCUGCCUGUCGGAGCCCGGCCUGGAGCGGCUGCUGGAGCGGGUGCUGGACGCCGAUAGCUACGGGAUCUCCGCGCUGGGCAACGUCUCCGACGACGAGAACUGGGACUUCAGCUCGGCGCUGUUCUUCUCCGCCAGUGUCCUCACCACCACGGGCUAUGGCCAUACGGUGCCCCUGUCAGAUGGGGGGAAGGUUUUCUGCAUCUUCUACACCCUGCUGGGACUCCCAGCCACCCUGCUCCUGGCCACUUGUCUCCUGCAGCGACUCAUGGGGCUGCUGAGCCACCGGCCCGUUCAGUAUCUUCACACCCACUGGGGCAUCUCUCCAGGCCAUGCAGCACUGGGACACGCAGCUGCCAUGGGACUGAGUGUACUGGGUCUUUUUAUCCUGCUGCCAGCCCUCUGCUUCUGGGCCCUGGAGAACGGCUGGACCUUCCUGGAGUCCGUCUACUUCUGCUUCAUCUCACUCAGCACCAUUGGGCUUGGGGACUACGUGCCAGGUCGUGGCAGCCCCUCCUCGCUGCGCCAUCUCUACAAAAUCAGCAUCACCUGUUAUCUUCUCCUGGGGCUCCUGGCCAUGCUGCUGGCCCUGGAGACCAUCUAUGAGCUGCGCGAGAUCCACAGUCUUGUCCGAUUCUUUGCCCCCCCACGGGCCCCUGCCUCCCCCUCUAGUGAGGACGAUGACCAGCUGGAGAUCCUGAGCUGUGACCAGCUGGGCCUGGCUACUGUCUGCGGGGCCACCCCCUCUGGGAGCCAAGCGGACAGCGAGGCAGAUGGGAGAGCGGCACCCCAUGAUGGCCCCUCUGGAUAACCCCCAUGGACAAUGUGUUGUGUCCCCCCCUCCCCCCACACACACACACCUCCUUUCAUGCAUCAAUAAAUGAAGCUGUACAGAAUAGACACUGACCGUGGGCAUGUGGAGUGGGGUGCCAGGCUGGUACUAGUACCAUUGUUUUGUCUCGGGACGGGGAGAAUAUGGGCUGGAUGAUCCCAUUGGCAGGGCCGCCCAGAGGAUUCAGUGGGGCUGGGGCAAAGCAAUUUCGGGGGCCCCUUCCAUUAAAAAAAAAAGUUGCAAUACUGUAGAAUACUAUAUUCUCAUGGGGGCCCCUGGGGCAAAUUGCCCCACUUGCCCCCCCUCCAGGUGGCCCUGCCCAUUGGUUUCACUGGGGGAGAGAGGGAUACAGGGGUGGCUGAUCCCAUGGGUUGGAUCUGGGGCAGAAGAGAGGGGAGACGCUGGCAUGGAAGAGCCCACAGGUGUGACCCUGAGUGGGCAGGGGAGGGGGAGAUACUGGGCUGGAUGGAGAUGGGAAGGCACUUAGUAGCCUCAGAGUAAACAAGCCACCCUCCUGUGACCUAUCCCACCAUCACCAGGAAUUACCCAGGAGCUGCUAAGAGCUGUUGCCCAGGAGUGGUAAGUCUUGGACCCUGUGCCUGUCCCUGAGCCAGGCCAAUGCCAGCCUCACAGCCCAGGGGAGCAGCAAAGACUACCAUCUGGGCCCUAUGGUCACUCCUACCUCCUGGCCCACCUGGCCACAGCAAGGUGAGAAUUCCCUUCCCAGAGGGGUACAGCUCUGGAAGGGAAGGGGUCUAGUGGGUUAGAGCAGGGGGUGCUGGAAGCCAGGACUCCUGGGUUCUAAUCCAGGAUGUGAACAGUUCAAAUAGGUAAAAAGUUCCUAAUGCCAGUUACAAUGUUGUGGUGGUUUGUUGUUUUAAUAACUGUUGCACUGCUGUGGAGGAAGCUCACAGCACCGAGUCCCCAGCUGGGGGCACUGCUGUGGAGGAAGAUUGCAGUGCUGCACUCACCCUUUCCUUUCUCAGGUGAGCACCCCCACUUGCGGAUCCCCUCUCCAGACAGUACGCCUGGGCCACAGGGAGGGUGUGGGGUGGGGCCCUGAUGGUGGCUAGCAUCCCCUUUUCCUGGGUCUGGGAAAACCACUGUGCCCAGCUUGCCCUGUCUGCCUUGGACGGACACCCGUCUUCAACAAAUGGCUCAAUACCAUCUGGAACUGCUUCUUCCUUCUCCUCUAUCCUGCUGGGCACAGCUGUGCCCCCCCCACCAGCCGAGACCAGAGAGUCGGGAGGGAGGGCUGGCAGCCAGGACUCCUGGGUUCUUCCCAGCUCUGGAAGGGGAGUGGAGUCUAGUGGGUUAGAGCAGGGUGGCUGGGAGUCAGGAUGCCUGGGUUCUGUCGCUAGCUCUGGGAGGGGUGUGUAUGGGGGGAAUUAAACUGGGCUAAAUGCUCACUGUAAUUUCACUAACACAUUAAUCGGGGGGGGGUGAGUUAAACUAACCAAAUCCCUGACAAUCCCUUGGAAAGGACAUGGG